AAAUUAAUAAUAUCUUGAACUCUUUUUAAACUCAUGGAAGUAUCUUCCUACUUGUAUCUUAGCAUAAUAUCUCCCUUUGGCGUCUUGACCCCUCCAGUUCCAAAAAGACUUGAUAUUUUCCCUUUAUAACACACCACCCACUUCCCUUUGUCUCAGGCAAAAAAUGAAUUGGACAGAAGCUCAACUUCAUUAGGGAAACAUUAUCUGAUCAAAGAGGGAGAAGAAAGGACCAUUUCUGAUUAAGAAGCUGGAAUCCUUGCAGAGCCCCAAAAAAAAAAGGGUCCCCAAUUCCUCUAACAAUUUACAGUUUCUUUUUUCUUCUUUUUAUUGCUUUUUCUCCUUCUUAUCUUUGAGACAAAGAAGAUGCUCUUUUCAUGUCUUUUUCUAGUUGGAAUCUUUACAACAUUUUCUGUUCUUCCUUAAAAGAAGAAAAAGAAAAAAAACAAAAUUCAAUCCUAUAGAUAAAAGUUUUAAAAGAAAAAGGACACAAGAAACUGAAGUAUUCACUUUAAUCUCUUCCUCUUUUCAUAAUCAAACACUUUCGUCGUUCCUCUUCAAAAAUCUCUACCCUUUGUGGUUAAAGAAAAAACAAUAUGCAUCGUCGUCUUCUUGAAACAGAGCUAACUGUUCCACAACCGUCGCCAGAUGGAACCAGAACACGUGAUUCUUACAUCAUUGGCGCCAAUUUCGACACCAACAUGGUCAUUAUAUUGGCUGCUUUGUUAUGUGCUCUGCUAGGUGCGUUAGGAUUGAAUUCAAUCGUACGUUGCGCUUUGCGUUGUAGCAGCAGGUUUUCUUUAGAAACACCUGAACAAACUGCGGCUCGUUUGGCGGCAAAAGGGCUAAAGAAACGUGAGUUGAGACAGAUUCCUGUCGCGGUUUAUGGUACCGAAGUGAGUAUUCCGGCAACCGAAUGUCCGAUUUGUCUAGGAGAAUUCCUUGAUGGAGAAAAAGUUCGUCUUCUUCCCAAAUGUAAUCAUGGUUUUCAUGUCAGGUGCAUAGACACUUGGCUUUUGUCGCACUCAUCUUGCCCUAACUGCAGGCUUUCAUUGCUUGAACAUAUAGCUGCUGCUAAUUCAGGUGCAGCUCAGGAAGAGUCGGGACGCCGGCAGGGGGAGAAUAGUCCUGGCCGGCAACGUAAUGUUAUUGUAGUUGUUGAAGGGGCUAGCUAGUUGGUAUUUUAAGCCUGAGGAAGAACUUGCCCUCAUUGUAAUGUAAUAUGGUCAUGCAAGUUAAUUUUUAAAUCUUUGCGCUUUACUAGUUACUUUGUGUUUCAUUUGAGUGUAUAAUGAUAACAAAUAUAUAUUUAUAUUCCUCGGCCAA